AAGUAGGUUAGCAGGGUAGACUGAGAGGAAGGCACAGAGAGGGAAGGAUUGACUAGGAAAGGGAGGAGAAAUCGGAACGACGACAACGACGUUGCUCUUGAGUGCCGUACAUUAUAGAAAUCGUAUAUCAAAAGUUGCAUGAAUUAUCUCGACGGCUUAAAAACAAAGAUCAGGAGAUAUUUGCGGUUAUAUUUACUCUCGAUAAUGCUCCACUUUGGAGCUAAAAGGUUAUAUUCUGCUAGCUAUCUGAGGCUAGCCACCUAGCUGGCCAACUUGGCAUUUUUUUCACAUUGAGGAGUUCAACCCAAAGAAACAAUCAAAAUGAGAGCCCAAAUUGAGGUGAUACCUUGUAAAAUCUGUGGGGACAAAUCUUCAGGGAUCCACUAUGGCGUGAUCACAUGUGAAGGCUGCAAGGGCUUCUUCCGCCGCAGCCAGCAAAACAAUGCCAUGUACUCGUGCUCACGGCAGAGGAACUGCCUCAUCGACCGCACCAACCGUAACCGCUGCCAGCACUGCCGUUUGCAGAAGUGCCUGACACUGGGCAUGAGCCGUGAUGCGGUGAAGUUCGGCCGCAUGUCCAAGAAGCAGCGCGACAGCCUGUACGCCGAGGUGCAGAAGCACCAGAAGUCUCAGUCCGAUUGCCUGAGUGGAGGCGCGGUGAUGGCGGGCGGCCAGGGGGGCCGCGAGGACAGCGGGGAGGAGGGCGGCAACAGCCGCUCCUACAGCAGUGGAGGCUCCAGCACCACCACCCUCAGCGACCUGGACGACAUCGCCGCGCUGCCCGACAUGCUGUUCGACCUGCCGCUGACGCCCGAGGAGGCCAGCGAGUACUGCAGUGGCCUGGAGAUGCUGGGCGGAGGCGGUUACGGAGGAGGAGGAGGGGGCAGCGCUGGCAGCGGCUCCUCCAACCAGAGCUCGCCUGAGCCCAGCAGCAUGGACUCGGGAGACGGAGGGAGUCCGCUGGUCAAGCACGAGUACCAGAUGCUGGCGGAAACGGGCGUGCUCACACACUCCCCCCUGGGGUCCCUGCCGGACGACUGCUCCCUGCUGGAUAUAGAGCGAAUCACACAAAAUGUGGUCAAGUCCCACCUGGAAACAUGUCAGUACGGCACAGAGGAGCUGAAGAGGCUCACUUGGAGUCAGUACACGCCCGAGGAGACGCGCCACUUCCAGUGCAAGUCUGCCGAGUGGAUGUGGCCCCGCUGUGCCCUGCACAUCACCCACGCCGUCCAGUACGUGGUGGAGUUUGCCAAGCGCAUCAGCGGCUUCAUGGACCUGUGCCAGAACGACCAGAUCAUCCUACUCAAAGCAGGCUGCCUGGAGGUGCUGCUGAUCCGUGUGUGUCGUGCAUACAACUCCUCUAACAACACUAUGUUUUUCGAUGGCAAGUUUGCCAGUCCCCAGCUCUUCAAGGCUCUAGGCUGUGAUGACCUUGUAAACGCUGUCUUUGACUUGGCCAAAGGCCUGAGCCGUCUUCAGCUAUCGGAGGAGGAGAUGGCGUUGUUUAGUGCUGCUGUUCUGCUAUCCCCAGAUCGGCCCUGGCUGACAGACACCCAGCAGGUUCAUAAACUGCAGGAGAAAGUUUACCUGGCAUUGCAGCACAGUCUACACAUGUCCGGAGCAUCUGCUGAAAAACUGGAUAAGAUGGUUUCGAAGCUUCCUCAGAUGAAGUCGAUCUGCAAUCUCCACAUUGACAAGCUGGAGUUUUUCCGUCUGCUUCACCCUGAGACAGCCCACAGCUUUCCUCCACUCUACCGGGAAGUGUUUGGCAGUGAAAUCACCUUUCCCGAUUCCACCAACAGCUAAACACAAGAGAGAGAGAAAGAGAGAAAAUAAAAUAAGAAAGGGAGAUAGGGUUAGGAAGGAGAGAGUAUGACAGAGAGGUUGUGUUUGGAGGAUAGGGGAAAUUAAAAGAAAAAAGACUUUAAAUUGAGUGAAACUCAGCUAA